UCUCCCGCAACUACCAAGACCAACCCCCUUAUUUACUCUCGAUUUCUUCACGCAAAAUGUCAAUCCCUUUUUAAAUUCUCUCUCUCUCUCUCUUCAAAUGUAAAUAAAUGUAUAAUGUGUGAUUAUUUCUUCUACUUGAUCACUUGUUGAUUCUCUAUUCUUCGAGGAUUCUAGCUUUUGUUUAACAAUGGCGGUUUCAUCUCCCUGUCUAGGCCUUAACGACAAGAAGCAAUGGUGGCUCUCUGAUAAACAGAUGGCGAAUAGGUAUGUGAAAGAUGCGAAGUGUUUAAUUGCCGCUGGAGCUGAAAACGAUGUCGUUUCCGCCUUGAAUCUUCUUGAUGCGGCUCUUGUUCUUGUGCCGGGGUAUGAACAGGCAUUGGAGCUUAAGGCUCGGUCGCUUCUGUAUCUCCGGCGGUAUAAGGAUGUUGCGGAUAUGCUUCAGGAGUAUCUUCCGUGUAUGAAGAUGGCUACUAAAAGUGGUGGAGAUGAGUCGUCAGGAUCGGAAAACUCGUCGCAGCAAUUUUCCAGAGAACAAGCGAAACUUCUCGCUUCUUCUUCUUCUUCUUCGUCUUCUUGUUCUUCUUCGUCUUGUUCGUCUUCUUCUUGUUCUUCUUCCUUAUCAGAGUUGCAGGAUCGCGACUCCUCGUUCAAGUGCUUCUUCUCUGUCGCCGAUUUGAAGAGGAAGAUCAUGGCGGGACUGCUCUGUAAAUGUCGCGAGAACGAAAGUCGAUGGAGAUACGUGGUAUUGGGCCAAGCUUCAUGUCAUCUGGGCCUACUAGAGGACGCCAUGGUUCUUCUUCAGACCGGGAAACGCCUCGCCACCGCCGCCUCACGCCGGGAAAGCACAGGCCGGUCAGACGACGGCUUCUCACUCCACAAUUUUCCAAUCCUUCCAACAAGCACCGCCGAAUCCGACACCACCGCCGCCCUCCUCAGCCACGUGAAGCUCCUCCUUCGCCGCCGCACCGCCGCCAUCGCUGCCCUCGAGGCUGGCCUCCCCUCUGAGGCCAUCCGCCUCUUUACAAAGAUCCUCGACGGCCGCCGACCCGCCCCACAAACUUUCCUUGCCCAAUGCUUCCUCCACCGCUCCUCCGCCUUCCGCGCCGCCGGCCGCACCGCCGACUCCAUCGCUGACUGCAACCGGACCCUCACUCUCGACCCAACCUGCAUCCAAGCAUUGGAAACGCGAGCUCACCUCUUCGAAUCCAUCCGUUGCCUCCCGGAUUGCCUUCAUGACCUUGAACAUUUGAAGCUCCUCUACAACUCGAUCCUAAGAGAUCGGAAGCUUCCCGGUCCGGCAUGGAAGCGCCAUAAUGUGCAGUACAGAGAAAUCCCUGGGAAGCUCUGUGCGUUGACGACGAGGAUUCAGAAAUUGAAGCAGAGGGUUGCUUCGGGUGAGACGUGUAAUGUGGAUUACUAUGGUUUGAUCGGAUUGCGACGUGGGUGUUCCAGAUCGGAGCUGGAAAGAGCCCAUUUAUUACUCUGUUUAAAGCAUGCUCCCGACAAGGCGACUGGGUUUCUAGAGAGAUGCGAAUUGGGGGAUGAUUUUGAUCUAGAUUCCAUUAGAGAUAGAGCUAAAAUGUCGGCAUUGUUGCUGUAUAGACUGCUGCAGAAAGGAUAUUCGAGUAUUAUGACGGCCAUUAUGGACGAGGAAGCGGCGGAGAAGCAGAGGAAAAGGACGGCGGCGGUGAUUCAAAUGCAGCAACAACAACAAAGCCAUGAAGGUGGUGUUGAUGAAAUGGAAUUGAAACUGGAGGAGAUUCCGGGAUCGAAUUUGAGUCAUAAUACGGCAGUUUAUCAAGGGGUUUUUUGCCGAGAUCUUGCAGUGGUCGGAAAUUUAUUGUCGCAAGUUGGAUUUGGGCGUCCGAUUGCGGUGAAGUAUGAGGCAUUGAGCUGUUAGUUUCAGGUUUCUUCUUCUUCUUCUUCUUCUUCAUUGUUUGUAUAAAAAGGAAAGAACUGUCAGGAAAUUUUGUCACUCUUUCGCUUUGUUCUUUUUAGGAACUGUUUCCUCCAUUCAUGUACAGAUCUUCAACUUCACAUUUUUUCUCUUUUCAAUUUCAAAUAUUGUUGUUUAGUUUUGUCA